AUUAUUAAUGUUUGUUUGUAUAAUGUUUUAUUAACCUAAUGUAUCGUUUAUUUCAUAUUUUAAAUUUGCAGGACUUUGAAAACGUAGGGGACAAUGUAGAUUACUCUGGUAGAUUUGUUACGGAUAGGGAAUUUGAUUCCGUAGAUGAAUUACAUAGUUGAGCCGAUGAGAUAGCAAUAGGAAUUGGUUUUCAAUUUACACCCAAAAUUUGAUAGGUUGUUUAUGUACUAUCAAACAAAUCCUAAUAUGCAACUAGUAUAGCAGCAGUCAGGGUCGAAUCCACAGGGAACAAUGAAGUAAGUGAUUAUUUUCCGGCUACCAAUUGAUCCUAGGUAAGACACAAAUUUGGAGAAUAUAUAUCUAGACUAACUAAACAACUAGAGCACAAACAAUUAAACUAGAAAGGUAGAUCGAUGAUACUAAAACAUCCAGGGAUAAACUUCCCCACUAGCAUGAUAUGAUGACAAUGAGAUCCUACUACCCUUACAACAAUCAUAACCAAGUUCAAUAGGACGAAUACACCAUUAAGAAUACUAAUAACUCCUUUCGAAGACUAUUAGCUUCACUACCAUACUAUCAAACCUAUUUUCAUGGAAUCAAGUAUAAUAAUGACAUUGAGCACAGUAUUCUAUAAGAUCCAACAAUCAAAUCUAUCUAUUUUCAUGAAGAUUAUCAAGUCCUUGAUCUAAAAGGCAAUUCAUUCAACUCUAACUUUCGUUAACGAAGAAUAAAUUGUUAACCACAAUUUCCAAAGUUUCCAUUGAAAAACGUAAGUUAACUAGCAUAAGAGAUUGGCAUGAACAAGGAUUAUGCAUAACAAAAAGGGAUUGAAACUCAAUAAUUCAUCAUCAAAAUCAUGGCUAGGGUUCCAUCUAACCCUAGAUUAAGAAACUAUUCACACAUAUUAAUUGCAACAAAACAAGAAUUCAUUAAAAGAAACAUGAUUAAAAAUAAUAACAAGAAAAUGGAUAAAGAAAUAGUACUUGAAUUCAAAUACCAAAUGACGAACGAAAGUAAAUGAAGUUAUAAAGUUUCUUCCCCAAAGUGAAGAAUUAAAAGUCUCUAAAAAACUGAGAAAAAUUGUUAACCUCCCCGUUCUAUUACAUUCCCUAGUGAUUAAAUAAGAAAAUUGCACGGAAAACGGUUAUUAAAGCAGGACCGGACCGGGUUUCUGACAGAUCGGACCGGGUUUCUGGAAGACCGGACCGGGUUUAUGAAAGACCCGACCGGGUCCGUGUGCUGAGAAUUUUCCAGAGAAUAGAAAUUGCAGGACCUGACCGGGUUUAAGCAAGACCCGACCGGGUCUGUGGGUUGAUCAUUCCAGCAAGUGAUUUUAGACAAACCCGGCCGGGUUUAAGCUUGACCCGACCGGGUCCUGGGCUUGGAUGCUUACGUUCUUAUUUCUUGCUUGAAAUCACCCGGGUAUGAAAAUACCCGCCCGGGCCUAUCAUCUUGUGCUUACUUUUCUUCAUGAGAACGCGGUAAAAGUACAAACGAAACCCAACGGGACUAAAAGCAUGUCCGAAUGGGCCCGUGAGCUCACAAAAGUGUCGUAAUGCGGUCUCGAACUCUGCCAAAUCUCGAAGCACACAUUCUAAUGCUCAGGAGUGAUUCGCUUCCAAUACAAGAGUGGAGUAAAAUGGCCUGAAAUAAUCAAAGACACACAAAACUCCAACCAAGCGUAAAACCACAUGAAAAAUGUGAAAUCACACAUCAAAAUGCCAUAAAAUGCAAGGGAAGGGAGCAUAAAAGUAUAGUAUAAAGUGCACAGAUCAACGUGCAUCUUAUAAACAAAAAAAGGACGUUUUAGAGUCAAUUUGUAUUUAAGAUGUCACCGCUAUGGUAAUAUUAGGGGUGAUUUGCAUAACCUAGAUAAUGCUGUCCGACCUGGUUCUAAAAGUAGAACAUGUCGGUGUAAGUUUAUGAUUGUAGCAAGUAGUCGUAAACCAGGAGAAAGACCUUGGACGGUGAGGGUGUGUCCUGGGGAAAAAAGUAGGCAUAACCACCGAUUUUUAGUCUACAGAGAUGGUCACGUAAAGGCAAAUAGGUGGAAUGUAGAUAUUCAGCAGCACAUACGAGAGUUUAGUGCAACCGGCAUGCAACCUGCCUUUAUCAUGACUUCAAUUAGAGAAAUUUUUUCUGGUUUUUUUUGCUAGUAUGAAUCAGAUAUAUAAUGUUAGGUAAUCAAUAAGGAGAGAAGAGAUGGAGGGUAGGACUCCCCUUCAACACUGUUUUUAUAUGGCCAUAGAGUAUAAUUACGUGGUUUGGACAAACUUGGGUAGCGAAAGUGAAUUGAGCAGAUUAUUAGUUGUAAAUCCUACCUCCAUCCAGUUGAUACGUAUGUGGCCGUAUGUUGUGUUUAUAGAUACAACGUACAAAACAAACAAACAAAAGUGGCCACUGUGUGAAGUAAUCAGAAGGACACCAACCAAUCACAACUUCUUGGUUGUGUUUUGUUUGAUGGGAGAUGAGGCGGCUGUAUCAUAUUUGUGGUUGUUGCAGGGAUUGAGAGAUAUUUUUGCAGAACUCAGACUCCUAGUGUUAGUGUAACUGAUUGAGAUGAGGGUUUAUCUGCAGCUAUUCGUGAUGUCUUCCCAGAUGUACGACAUUUGUUAUGCGUAUGGCAUAUUGGCAACGACGUUGAGAACAUGGUGGACAAGUUAUGGGGCGUGAAUAGAAAUCAACAAGGGCAGAUAUUCAGGAGAAGUAGAUGGAACCCCUUGGUUAACAGUUCUACACUUGCCAAAUUUGAAGACAGAUGGCAAUCGAUUGUGACUACCUGGUCGGUUAAGAACAGAAAGGUGGUUCGAUAUUUGGCUAGAACACGGAUUCCACUUAAAGAGAAAUUCAUGCGUGCAUGGACGAAUGACUGUUUACACAUGGGUAACCAGACUACCAACAGAGUUGAAAGCCAACACUCUUCUUUUAAGUAUCAUCUUGGUAGUGGUAAUAGCUCAUUUAAUACCCUUUCUAAAAGGGCACACGCAUAGAUGACAAAUCAGCAAGCCAGGAUCCGACAAGCGCUACAGGAAUCCAUGAAUUCUAUUUCAAGGUCGUUGCGACAUCAUUUCUUUAGACCUUUAUAUCAUCAUGUAUCUAUUUUUUCCUUGGAGCAGUUGCGGCUUGAGCAUAACUGUAUGUUAGAUUUGGGUGAUUAUCUAUUUUACAAAUGCAGUUGUGCAGUUCAACGCACCCAUGGAUUGCCUUGUGCUUGUUAUUUCUAUUUGUCGCUCAGGUCACAUGGUUCUUUAUAUUUGGAUGACAUUCAUCCAUUCCGGAGAACUUUGACGUACACAGAGGUAGGGGCUGACACCAACGAAGGAGUAUGGCACGCAAACGCCGACGACAAAGAGUACUUUCAAUCGUUGGUCGAUGAAGUGUUAAAAGUUGAUCCCGCAGUUGUACGACACUUGUCUCAGGUUCUUGAAGAUGAAUUACAACCUGAUGGAGCCGAUAAUUCUGAGUCUUACGCAAGCCCCCCUAGAAAGGGAAGACCAACCACAAGCAAAACCCUUAGAAGAAAUAAAAGCGCAAUUGAAUAUAGCAGAUCAUCUUCUCAUGGUCGAGGGUCUAGAUCUUCAUCCUGCGGGAGAUCUAGUGGUAGAUCUAGUGAUCGAGAAAUGCAAUCCUCAGUUGGAAUUAAGUUUAGUUUCAACUCAUCCGAUACAUGACUUUCCUUUCCGUUAUUCACAUACGUUUAUUACAGCUUAAUGUUACUAACUUUAAUUUUAAUAAUGUUACUAACUCAUCUAGUGAUCUAGUGGUCGUGAAUUUUCAUUUUUUCCAUGGCCGAAUUACAUUCCGCAUAUUCUCCCUCCUUACUUGUUUGAUUGGAUUGAUGUUAUGGGUGACGAUAAUUGUGGAUUUAGAGCUAUUGUCGUCACAGAGUUGGGAGGCGAGGAGGCAUGUCCUUUUUUAAGACGUGUGAUGUGUAUAGAAAUGCAAAUGAACAGAGAGCAAUACCUAUGUGUGUAUCUAUCAGCAGAGGCGUUAGAUAACGCUAUAUUUAGUAUUGGUUCGCAUAGCAAUGGACCUGCUCCGUUUAUACACUGGUUGGAUGCAUCGAUGGCAUUGUACUCUGCAGCAACGUUUCUUAACAAUGACAUUGCGUGUUAUGGUUCUGCUGACGGUAAUCCAUACUAUAACUGUUUAAUUCUUCCGUUAAGAAAAGCAGCGGGUGUGCAUAGUGUAAAUAAAGUUAUACAUAUAUGUUGGGUGAAUAGAAAUCAUUUUUUUCAACUAUUAAUGAACGAUGAUUCAUCUCCACUGCCGCCAGUCCAGCAAUCAUGGAGAGAAGCAGUUGACAAUUCCUCAAGACAUAUAGAAACACAUUUUAGUAGCAUGAUUUUGCUUUGGAAUAGACUAUACGGGUCACCACCACCACAAAUUAAUAACACCGCUGAAGAUGCUGUAAAUUUAGAUAGCCCAUAGUAUAACUAUUGUGUAUAUCAUUAUUUAGUUUAACUAU